UCAGAAACCAACUUCACUGCGGUUCGGUGCCGACGCGGAUUCUGCUUUUAGAGGCCAUUUUAAGUUAUUUUUCCAGCGGGACUGGCCAUGCCUGCUCCGCGGAGCACGCUGCUGGUGGGAGAGGGGAACUUCUCCUUCGGGGCCGCCGUGUGUGGCCGCCGGGAGCCCGGGAGCCGCGUCACGGCCACGUGCCUGCAGCUCCGCGAGGAGGCGCUACGUCACGAGGGAGCACCUGGCAACAUCCGGGCCAUCCAGGACUCAGGGGGGACCGUGCUGUUCCAGGUGGACUGCACAAACCUGCAGGACUGCGCCUCUCUGCGGGGUCAAGUGUUCGACCUUGUGGUGUUUAACUUCCCUCACUGCGGCAGGAAGAGUGGCGUGAAGAAGAACAGAGAGCUGCUCAAACUGUUCUUCCUCAGUUGUGUCCAGGUGUUGGCUGAAGACGGGGAGGUUCAUGUCUCUCUGUGCAACGGACAGGGGGGAACGCCGGCGGACCAGCCGAGGCGCGAGUGGCACAACAGCUGGCAGGUGGUUGCCAUGGCAGCGGAAGCUCAUCUCAUCCUCAGUGCUGUCAAACCUUUUGAGAAGGAGACUCUGCACAGCUACAAGUGCACCGGAUACAGGAGCCAGGAUAAAGGCUUUCAUGUGGAGAAGGCUUUGCUCCAUGUGUUUACUCGCAGCCCCCCCUACACCGCUGCUCAGGUGGUUCAGGUGGAGGAGGUGGUUGGAGGGAAGAACGUGCACUACAGCAUCCCGGCCGAGCUCAGCGAUUAUGUAUUCAGGAAAUUCAAUAGCGCGGACUCCUUGCACCCCGUUAAGUUGGUGCAGGAUUAUCUUCUCGAGGGACUCGGGUGGCCCAUCUCCAUGAUGACGGAGUCUGUUCCUUUCAUCAUCACCGCCAGACAGCUGCAGAGAUGCUGCUGCGGCGUUGACGCCUCGCGGUGCUUCCAGAUCCACCCGCUUCAGAAAAACCUGCCCCCCGAUGCCGAGGAGGUCGGGGGACCUUCAGAAGGGCGAGAGGAUGUUGAUGCCACGAGACUUUCCUUAGAUAAAGGGGACAACGUGAAGAGCAACAGACCUGAGAGCUCACGGCCUGCCUGCUCCUCUGAAGCUGAUCCUGAAGUGGAAAGCGCUCAUUAUUGGCUGCGUCCAUCACUUCUUCCUCAAAUGGAAGAGCUUGUGGCUAAAAAAGAGAUGAUUAACAAGAGUAAUGAUGCCAGUCAUCAGGUUGGAGGAAACGAGGAGGAAGAGGCCUGUGAUGGUGUUGAGAGCGUGUUAUAUGGCAUCAGUGGAGUGGUGUUCAGGAACGAACCCAUCGGUCUCUGGGCUCCACCUGCGUUUCACGAGCUUCUCAUUAAAGGUGUUUUUCCUCCAGAAAAUGAGACAAUUAAAUUGCUAGGAGAGAAACUGGAAGCACUCUUUGCUCCCUACGGGGUCUCUGUCGUCACGGAGGAGGGAGGUCUCCACCUGACAGCGCAGCCGAUUGGUUUGUUCGGGAAGGUGUUCACAAGCAAAGGAGCUGACAGCCACGUCGGCGUCACCCUGUCUGUGAACCUGGACCUCCUCGCUGCUCUCCUGUUCUCGCUCCCCGACUGGCGGCUGCUGUGGUCACAUGACCCGCGUGUCUUAAAGCAGUUUUCACGGCGCCCACCGCCAGGGACGCCUUUCACCCCCUUCUCCCUGUUCCCCGAACCCGUCAGCUUCGACAUAAGCUUCUGGACGGGGCCGGCGUGGGAGGAGAAGGCGUUCUUGGCAGCGGUGAGAGAGGCCGGCCGCGGCACCGUGGAGCAGGUUCAACUCAUCGAUGCCUUCUCGCACCCCGACCUGAGCCAGACCAGCUACUGCUACAGACUCGUGUACCACUCACACACUCACGCUCUGCCACACACGCGAGCGCUCCAGUUUCAUAAACACCUGGAGUCUUUACUGUCCUCUCGGCUGCAGGUCACCAUCAGGUAGCGCCGAGACGAAGCAAAGCUCAGAGACGUUGUGGUUCUGCGUGAUCAACCAAACAUGAGACCAGCAGAGGUCUAACAGUGUUAAUGGUUGUUCAGACAUUGCUUAUUUUUUUAUGUUCUUGAAAUGUGAUAGUUAUUUUAUAUAUCUGGUAUUUAAUCAUACAAUAAACCUGGUUUUUGACAUAGUUUUGUUUAACAAGUCAUUGUAAAAUGGUAUCAGUUAGGGCUGGGGAUCGAUUCAAAUGUCAUGAAUUGAUUCGAUUCAGAAUCGAUUAUCACGUUUUGAUUCGAUUCCGAUAUCGAUUUGUGUUAGUGUUAUUAAAACUGUUUUUUAAUCUGCUGCAUGAAUUAUAUGACUGUAGUUAUGCAACAUAUGAAUACUGGUAUUAUAUUGAGAUUCAACAGCAAGUAUUGGCAGCUAAUGAUGCUGUAAGGACCAAUCACCCAGUAUUCUGAUAGAACUGCUUUCAGAAACAUCGUGUGGCAGAAUUACCAAACAGAUCCAGGGAGGAAACAGAGACGGAUGAAAUCGGUUUUAUUUUUUCCCAUUUAUGAGAAUUUGUUUUUUAGCAUUUUGUGCAAAUGUAACCCCAAGACAGUAUAUAAAGCAAAGACAUUUAGACAAUUAAUGCAAUUAUAACUGAAAACUUUAAUGUUUUCAUACCUUUAAACAUAUUUAAAGGCAAAAACAUGGCACCAGUUAUGCUCGUGUCCAACAAAACAUUCCUUUUUUGGGCAUAAACAAAAAAAUACCAACAGUUGUAAUGGUGGGAAAAAAAAAUUCGCUCUUUAGACAUAUGAAUCGAUUUUUAGGAAUUAAUAUGAGAAUCGAUUUAGAAUUGGAAAAUCGAUCUUUUCAACACAGGCCUAGUAUCAGUUUAUAUCACAUGACAAGAAAAUGAUACUGAUGAGCUCAGAAUUUCACAAUAAAACAUCUGAAAUAAGCAACCUUUGUUCUCCAAAUAAGUAAGUCUUCCUACAUGAUGAGAAUAAAUUGGUGUGAAAUAAUGGAUAAAUGAGGCAAAGGUAUGGAGAAG